GCCGCACGUGGAGCCUGUCCGGCCAUGGGCGAGUUCCAGGUGCACCGCGCGCGGCUCUUCGCCUUCGUGCCGUCCGGGGUCCGCUGCCUGGCCGCCCCCGGCGCCCGCCCGCCCCGCCGCCGCCUGGCCGCCGCCCGCCUCGACGGCGCCGUGGAGCUCUACGACCUGCAGGCCAACGGCGCCCAGGAGAAGGUGAUCCCGGGCCACGAGGCGCGCGCCCCGGAGGCGCUGUGCUGGGCGGCGGGCGAGCGGCUCUUCGGCGCCGGGCUGGGCGGGGCGGUGCUGGAGUACGACCUGCAGCGGCUGCGCCUCAAGGGCUCGCUCGACGCCUUCGGGGGGCCCCUCUGGAGCAUGGCGGCAGACCCCACCGGCGCCCGGCUGGCGGUGGGCUGCGAGGACGGCUCCGUCAAGCUCUUCCGAGUGGAGUCGGAUGGGAUCGAAUUUGAAAGGCAGCUGGACCGGCAGAAAGAACGCAUCCUCUCUCUGUCCUGGCAUCCCUCUGGGACCAAGAUCGCAGCUGGCUCCAUCGACUGCUUUUAUAUCUUUGACAUCGUAUCUGGGCACACCAGUCAGCGGAUACUGGUAGAAGGACGUUUGCAAGGCCCCUCCAGCCAGAAAUGCCUGGUGUGGGGCCUGGCCUUCCUUUCAGAUGGCACGGUGGUCAGCGUGGAUUCUGCUGGAAAAGUGCAGUUCUGGGAUUCGGCGACUGGCACUCUGCUCUCUAAGCAUCCCAUCAGCAAAGCUGCAGUGCUUUCCGUGGCCGUGGCUGAGGCAGAAGAUAGCAUGGUUGUUGGCACAUCGGAGGGGACAGUAUAUCAGUUCCAGCUGCUACCGGUGAGGCUGGGCAGCUCUGAGCACCAGUGGGUGCGGACCAGACCCUUUCGGCAUCACACUCACGAUGUGCGGACGGUGGCACAUACUGCCACAGCCUUCAUCUCUGGAGGGCUGGAUGGGCAACUUGUGAUCCGACCCCUGAUGGAGAAGGUGGACUCCAAGACCUAUGAUGCUGCCCUCCGCACGAUCAGCUUCCCCCACAGGUGCCUCGUCUCCUGUGCCAGGACAGCCCGGCUCCUCCUCUUCCAGUACCCCCAGCACCUGGAGCUCUGGCAGCUUGGCACCACAAACUUCUCUGGAAGGCCUGGUGAGGUCCUGCCGGUGUCCUGUCCCCCCCAGAACCUGCUCCAACUGAAGGCCAAGGGCCCGGAGCACAUCCGCAGCAGCUGCCUCUCUCCGUGUGGCGUCUGGAUUGCCUACUCCACAGCUAGCAGGUUCUGCCUGCAUCGGGUUCAGCUCUUCAGUGACCACAUUUCCAUCAACAGAGUUCGCAAGACCCCCAGGCUGAACGGCUCGGCCCACCACCUCCUUUUUUCUUGCGACUCCACCAGGCUUUUUCUGGCAUCGGAUCGGGGCUGCGUGCAUGUGCUUUCACUCUUGCAGUCAGGGAUCUGCAGGCAUCUCUACACGCUUCGUCCCAAUUCAGAGAUGUUGGAAGCAGUGCACCAGCUGGCAGUGAGUGUGGAUGGCAGGUGGUUGUGUGCAGCAGGUGGAGACCGGGAAAUCUGCAUCUACAACUUGGAAAAUACUAAGCUUCACUGCACUGUACCAGCCUAUGAGUGCCCGGUGACUGCAAUGGCAAUCCAUCCGCUGACCAAUAACCUCAUCAUUGCACAUUCAGAUCAGCAGGUGUUUGAGUUCAGCAUCAAGGAGAGAAGCUACACACCCUGGAGCCGGAAGCUGCAGCAGCUGGGCCUGCACAAGGAUUGGCUGGAACGGGACACGCCCAUCACCCACAUUGCCUUCCGCCCCAGGCACCCCUCGCAUGUCUUGCUGCACGACACAUACAUGUUCUGCAUCCUGGACAUGUCACUGCCACUGCACGAGGAUUCUGCAGCCUCGAAGAAGCCGGAGCCACACGUGAAAACAAUCCAACGCGGUCGGGGCCGCGCCUUCAAGAUCUGCAAGAAGUUCCAGCCUCUGCUCUUUGUGGAUUUCCUGGAUGACAAUUCUUUGGUGGUGAUGGAGCGGCCGCUGAUGGACAUCAAAGCCCAGCUGCCACCACCCAUCUAUCAGAAGAAAUUUGGGACAUAAUGUGCUGGCCUGCAGAGACCUCAAAGGAUCUUUGCAGAGGCCAUGCUUCAUUGAGGGGCUUCCGGUGCCCCUCCCUUCAGGAGCAGGGGGCUGCAUGGCCAGAGGAGCAGCUGUUCAGGGGGACCUGUGCCACUGCCAUCCUGUGUCCUUGCCUGUUUUUCCACCGUGAUCUGGCUGGGAAAGAGGGGCACCCCUCAUAAUAAUUAACUUCUUGUGUCUGGGAGCCAGGACCGCUGUGGGCCUCUUCACUCGGGAGUUCCAGCACUGACUGGCACCAGAAGACUGGCUCCCUAUUUUAUGCACGGCGUGUCGCGGCACAUCCUUCCCAGAAAAGUGCCACCUGGCUGGGCUGACCCAGCAGCCGCAUCGUCUCUGGCAAAGCCUGUGGCCGGCAGCCAAGGGGGUCAGCAGACUUCCUGCUGGGUAAAUAGCCUCAGGCUCUUCAGGGCCGCCUUGGGACCCCUUUGCUCUGCUGACGCCAGGCCCAGGCACUCCAACUCCACCUCUGCGGACCAGGAACCCUGAUUUCCGCCCCAUCAAACCAGAACAGCAAAGUCAGCAGCGAGGGAGGAGGCUGCCUUGACCUUGCUUUGUUUUGUGUUUCUCCAGGAAGGGUGGGUGUGCGUGCGAGUGUGUGUCCCUGCAUUUGCAGAGGGAGCGAGGGAAACGGCCCUUUUGCUGCUGUUCAGUGGAGCCUGAAGGUCGCGUGUCCUGUGAGACAGGCCAGGAGAAGAUCCCUGUCCCGCCUGGCCUGCUCGCCAGUUGACGGCCCCUCCUCCUCCUCCUCCUCCCAGUCUACUCCCACAGGCCCAUGUUGGGCGGACAAUGCAGGGCUAGGAAACUGCUGUGGCCAAUUCAGCAAAAGGAAACCUCCCUUCCUGGUGCACCAAAUGUUCAGAUUGCUCCUCAUGACCAGGAACACAAGUUGCUUAAAUAAAAAUCCCUCCAGCA